GGGUGGAGAAGAGCAAAAACAAAAACAAAGGAACCAAAAAGAUACCAACAAAGCACAAAGGAAAAGGAAAGCUUGGUUGAGGCGCAAAGGAUAAAAAGGCUCAUCACCCCCACAAACCCAGUGGCAGGAAAAACCUACCCAAGUGAUCAAAGAGAUAUAAGAGAGAGAUUCAGAAACUCUAUGCCCUUCUUCCCCUUUUCUUCUACAAAGACCAACAUCAUCCAUCAAAUAUCAAAUAUCAACGAAGAAAGCAAGUGAUGAAAUAUACGUAACCAGCCAGAACGUACCCAGAAGCUCUAGAUUUGUAACUUUUCCUAUAUUCUUAGUUACACAUACAAAGAUGUGCGGGAAGAAGGAAGAAGAUGAAGGAGAAUGUUCUCAAAGUCUCAAUAAUAUUAACAUACACGGCUUCCAAGAACAAUUACUUCUUCAUCAACAACAACAACAGAUGCAACAAAACAGUGACAUGUAUGGAGGCGGUAGAGGAUUGAUUUUCCCUCAUGAAGUUUCACCAAUCUUACAGCCAUGGUCUCUCCCUCCGAUCCACGCCUUCAACCCGGCCCACUUCUCGGCAAACCCGGUCCAAGACCACGACCCAUUUCUUGUCCCUCCCCCGCCAUCAUCAUAUGCCGGUUUGUUUAACAGGAGAGCUCCUUCUCUACAGUUUGCCUAUGAUGGAUCGUCAUCGGACCAUCUCCGAAUCAUAUCCGACACUCUCGGACCGGUGGUUCAACCCGGUUCCGCUCCGUUUGGGCUUCAAGCCGAGUUGGGUAAAAUGACUGCCCAAGAAAUCAUGGAUGCCAAGGCUCUUGCAGCUUCUAAGAGUCACAGUGAGGCUGAGAGGAGGAGAAGAGAGAGAAUCAACAACCAUCUUGCUAAGCUGCGUAGCUUAUUACCCAGCACCACCAAAACGGACAAAGCUUCAUUGUUAGCAGAAGUAAUACAACACGUUAAAGAGCUUAAGCGCCAGACUUCUUUGAUAGCGGAAACCAGUCCAGUACCCACUGAAGUUGAUGAGCUAACCGUUGAUGCAUCGGAUGAGGACGGUAAGUUUGUGAUCAAAGCCUCGCUUUGCUGUGAAGACAGGUCUGAUCUCUUGCCUGACCUCAUCAAGACCUUGAAAGCUUUACGUUUAAGAACCUUAAAAGCUGAGAUUACAACACUGGGAGGACGUGUGAAGAACGUGCUUUUCAUUACUGGGGAAGAGGAUUCGAGUAGUAGCGGCGGCGAGCAAAACCAGCAACAACAACAGCAGCAGCAAUAUUGUAUAAGUUCAAUUCAAGAAGCGCUUAAGGCGGUGAUGGAGAAGACUACUGGGGACGAGUCUUCUUCAGGGAAUGUUAAGAGACAAAGGACUAAUAUCAAUAUCCUUUAAUACAGGCCGCUUUAACUAAAUUACUAAGGCCUUCACUUCUUGUGAUCUUUUUUUUCUAAUUCUUCGAUCUUUUGCUUCUUCUUUUUUUUUUUCUUUCUUGUGGGAGUGGUUUUUUGGUGUGUUUUUUUAUGUAUUUGCACCAAUGAAGAAAUCGGUAAUGAUGGUAUGUUUUGUGUGCCUGCAUCAGUUCAAAAAAUAGCAAGUGUGUGUGUAAGAGAGAGAGAGACAAAGAGAAAGACUGAAAGAGAGGAUGCUUGUAGCUGAUGCCUUCGAGGGAUUUCCAUUUUGCUGUAUUUUUGUUUGGUUGUUCAGAAGAUUGCACACGCAGACACUCACACAGAGAGAGGGAGAGAGAGAGAGAGAGAGAGAGAUGUGCUUGGGUUGUUAGGAAGGGAAAUAACAGUGAAGGAUCUUUUUCGUAGGGAGAGAAACCUUAUAUUAAAUCCUAACAUAGAAAAUGUGGACUUCAUGGGCUCUCUGAUCCGAUUUGAACUCAAACAUGCAGUCUGAGGUAAUGUUUGUUUCUUACUCUCUCUCUCUCUCUCUCUCUCUCUCUCUCUCUCUCUCUUCAAGGCACUGGUGGAAGUAUAAUCAUUCAUGAGAAUAGUGACGAUUUAGUUCUCGUCAUGUGCUCCGUCUCUCUCUUCAGGCCACUGGUGGAAGUAUAUAUAAUGAUUCAUGAGAAUAGUGACGAUCCAGUUCUCGUCAUGUGCUCCGUCCCCACAUGGCCACCACCACCACCACCACUGAACUCCUCCAUCCAUCCGUACAACAAUCUUUCAGGCCGCCCAGCUCUUGUUUCAGUAAAGGAAAAAAAAAAAAAAAAAAACCCUAAUGAGGCAUGCACGUCUAGUGUCACGAGGGAGCUAGUGAUGGCCUGAUUUAGAGAAUGUGCAUAAGACAAUAUUGUAUUCGACCUUUUGGCUUUCAUGUCCUCUUUCUUGGGUUUUCUUUUUUGAAGCUUUUUUUGGUCUGUAUUUAAUAUAUUAAUUUGCAUUAUGGAACCUGCAUUUCAUCUAUAUAUUUUCUUCUCAAAUAUCAAAUCUGUUUCUUUGUAUGAGCC